AUGUCACUCCAACAAUACAACAACCGUAUGGGAGACUUGAGAAGAUGGAAUGACUUGUGGGACCCUGUGUCAUUCUGGGAGGCAGACUUGGACUUCCCUUCGGUACGAUCCGGUGCCACCUCAGCCCUGUGGAAGCCAUGUGUCGAUGUUAAGGAGACGGCCAAUUCAAUGAUCAUCCACUGUGAGUUGCCCGGCUUGAACAAGGACCAGAUCCAACUCGAUGUGUCCGAGGGCAAGUUGACCAUCUCGGGUGAGCGCGUCCAGGAGAGCAAGGAGGAGAAUGAGAAGUUCCACCGCAUUGAGAGGUCGUACGGCAAGUUCCAGAGGACCUUCACUGUUCCCGAGAACUGCAACACCAAGGACAUCCAGGCCAAGUUUGAGAACGGUGUCCUAGACAUCUGCAUUCCAAAGUGUGAGUCCAAGCAGAAGCCACAGAAGAUCAUGAUCAAGUAA